AUGAUUGCUGUGUACCUAAAGUGCUCAGCCCAGAAGGCGGCACAAUUCGUGAGAGACACGAAGGUAAGACCAGUUUUGUCAACAAUUUCUGCAAAUACAGUUUCCCACACUCCUUGCCCUUCCAAACACCCUUCUGGAUAGUAACAGUGUAGAAGAGGCGAGUGGGAGGCCAUUCACAACGCUGCUUGCAUGAUUUUGCACCACCACCACCACCACCACCACCACCACCACCACCACCACCACCAUCAUCAUCAUCACCCGGACUGUCUAAUACUUACGUCGAUUAAAAUAACUGCCUUAAAGCAGAGCACGUAUUGUUUCCGCUGCUGUUCUCGUGACCGGAGAAACUGGCUAGAAGAAUUCAGCGGGUAGAGACACCUGAUCGGUCGAAUCUGGCCCAAUCUGACUCACAGGACACAUUUAUGACGCAACGGGACUGGGUAUAGCACAGUAGUCAUACCACCGUAACCCGCCGUCACUGUCCAGCGGACCCUUAUGAAGGUAAUUGGCGUGCCUCCCCAACGCUGCGAACCUGUGCCUGGAGUCGAGUUCGGCAACGGAAGAAAUAGAGCGCGCCUUUGCUGGACCCGAAGUGGCAGCCACCCAAAAUUUUGUCAAAAGUGUCCGCUACACCUGUCCAACCUUGAAGCCUGUCUCCAAAGUUGCUUGUGUGAGCUUGUACGCAUCUGAUGGAAAAUAACACAGAUAGUCUAGGCUUUCGAGAUAGUGUGGCCUAGUUGGCUGGCUUCGGAGGUCCGGCGGUCCGCUUCGUAGCUGAUUUGGAUGCUGCAUGAGUGUGCUGCCUAAAUAUGUAAACCUACUUUUGCUUUUGAUUUAGGCGACGUUGCCUGUGAUGCGGGAGGGGUCGUAUUCAGCGUUGAGUGGCGGAUAAAGCAUCAUCUCCGUUUUUUCUGUGCUAAACGUUAGCCCAAAGUUUGCACAGUCAAAAAAAGUUCAUGUCCCGUUGUGUAUGCGGUUUUGUCGCGAUGCUGAGUGCGCAAUCGACAGCGAAGAGCAGAUCGUGGGUAGGCGCGUUGGAUGCCUGUAUGUGUCCAGUACUGAGAAUUUGGCUGACGAUAUGGGAGACCAUGCUGAUCCCAGAGCGUAGAAAAAGAACACGAGACCGAAGAGAGUAAGGGCGGGUACACAGCCCCACAUUACUCCACUGGUCGCUACGAAUGCUUCCAUGGAAGUGCCAUUUGUCGUUACCCGCGCCAUUAUCUCGCCGUGAAGCUGACACACCCUGUGCGUGAACCGCUUAGGGCAGCCUGGUUUCUGCAUGAUUUUUCAGAGUCCAUCGCGAUUCACUGUGUCGAAGGCUUUCGCAAGAUCUGAGGAGGAAAUGUAGAGAUGUGUCCUCAUUUCCUGGCAUUCCAUUGCGACCGGUGGGCGGCAAAAACCAUGUCGGGGGUUCCGAGGUGUCGUCAGGAGCUACUGGGUUUCCGGAAGAAGAACGUGUAUCAGAGAGUUGUGGAGACGAUAAAGAAGGAUGCGAACGAAGAUCUUCCCGGAGAUGUUGAACGGCGAGAUUUUUCUGUGCUUGUCGCAUACUGGCCGCUUACCUUUCCGCUUGUAAAAGUGAAAAUCAUUCGCGUCCAUUAAAUUUUGGAGAACUUAUCAAUGGAGCCACAUAUGGUAGGGCGCUGUAAGUUUGCCGUCAGCCGGGGGGUCGCCAUGCCCGUAAACUCCGGUCGCGAUUACCUUGGAUCCAGAUGCCUUCUCGUUGAGAGCUGUUGCACGGCUCUAAUUGUUUCUGGGACAGAAUGUGGCAGGUCUAGGUUUUUCGUUCCCACCUGGGGAAAUCGGUCGAUGACGGCAUCGGUAAAUGCCGAUAGGCGGUUGAGGACGGUGCUUAAGUGUUCGGCCCAGCGCCUCAGAACUUGCGGUUAUUCCAUGGGAAUUUAGUUAUCAAUAGGUGCCGUGCAGCCAAAAGUGUCCGCCGCACCUGUCCAACCCUGAAGCCCGUCUUCAAAGUUAGUUAUCAAUAGUUGCCACCCUUGAAUGUUGUCUCUAAUCUCAAGGUCAGCGUAAAAAGGCAAAUAGGCAGAAAAAACUUAAAUUAAUUUCUUCUGUUUCGGUUAAUGACGAUGACCAUAUAGGGGGUGACAGGUAGGCAGAGAAUGUGUUAGGGCUUUGCACAGCAAUAGAAAACACAAUUUGGGGUCGGAAGUCCGUCCUAAACGCGUUUGUAUACUGAGCCCAUACUAUACUUAGUAACUACGAUGAAUGGGAAGACUAAUCCUGUUGAUGUUGUAUAGUGUCGUGCUCGAAAGAUAAAGUUGAAAGUUAAGCCUUCCCCUUACUGUGUGGGUUCGAAUCCCACUGAGGCGCCGAGUUUUUCACAUUUGGGUCAAUAUGAAUAAAGUUGAAUCGCAGGCCGCUAGUCUGCGAUUUGCAUCCUACAAGUGCGGGUCUUUGGCUGUUUUGGAAACGACGUUUUUUGCAUAACUUUCCCUAACUUAGCAUCGAAGCUGUGCCGAUAUAAUUGUUCUAAAGGCAAUUUGGGCGAGCACCCGUCUGCCUUCGAUAAAUUCUCUUCGAGCCUGUACAUUUAUGUGGCUAUUGAAGUAAUGAAUUAAAAGAUACGGGCACGUAGAUAAUUAUGCUGCAACUCGGGUUUGGGGAGGGGAUGGGAGGGGAGGUGGAGAGUGAAACACCACAGCUCCAGUCAGCGCCAGGGAAAAGGUGGGUACCGGGGAAGGUGGCUGGCUUAAUGGCUUUGACCCAUGGCAGCUGUGCGACCUGUAUGAAGUUCUUCUGUGCGCAUAGGACUGGUCCGCAUAGCCUGAUUGCAACCGCCUCUGCCGUAGCCAACAAGUGCUGCCCAGGUCGUUUUGGACAGCUUGACGUGACCUUGUAAAUCACUCUGAAGGCCUCUCUGGUGUCCACACCGCGGCCUGCGUCUAACAUGUGCGCGAGGAUCGAGCUGUUGAUGUUCUUUAUUUGACCCCUUCCUAACUGUGCUAUAAGAUGUCCUUUUAUUCUUUUUGAUAAACGCCGGCACGUGCGUCCAGUGUAUUCUGCCCACAGGAGCAGGUGAAGGAGUAAAUACACAUUGAGGUGGUCUGAGCUGGUAGUUUGUCCUUGCCCUCUCCGUAUAGGAUGGGACUGGUGUCAGCUGCUGGAAAGGCGUGCAGAUUGUUGUUCCGUCGGAGCUGAGAAGCGAUGCGGUUCCUAUGGCUGUGUGGGCGUAGGUCGUCUUGGUUGAUGCGAAGAAAAUCCUUGGUUUCAUUGUGGUCCGCAUGCCCUUGGAUUUCCACGGCCCUGCAACCCAUCCAGGCGUCCUGCACAUGCUGCAGCCGUUGAUGCACAAGGAGGUGAAGAAGGCCGCAUUGUUUGCGUCGGUCCUGCGGUCGAUGCAGACUUCGUGCUGCCUGUGCUUUUCGGUAAAAUAGUUGCCGAUGUCUGCGGCGUUAUCGUCAAACCAGUCCUAGUAUUGAUGACGUGCGUGACCGGGGACAUCUAAGACAGCGGAUUGGAGGACUUCCCGCGUUUGACACCACGGCGGCUUUGUCGUCCGGAGCCUGCAGUUCCUCCAGGCGUUGGGUUACCUGAUUGCUUAAAUCUAAGUGGUCAGUAGAUGAAAUCCAGGUGGUCGCCUACCUUGUGGCGUCUUGCGAGGCUACAGCAGGUCUCAUAUCGAAGAUGACGAGGCGCUGAUCCGUCCAGCCGUCAGCGUCACCUUGAUCAGCAGCACUUCCUGAAGAUCUCUCCUCCAGACGAGUACGUAGUUCAUCAGCUGCUAGCGCCGCUAUCGAGGUGCAUCCAGGUUGCUUACUUCGGCGUCGGAAUGCGGAAGACAGUUGUUUUUGGCUUGAUGGACUCGACCGUGAGUCGUUUAUCUGCGACCCACGGUCUGUCUGCGGAUGGCGUGGUUCCCAAACAUUCGUUCAGGGCACCUUUUCUAUCCCUUUCCCCACGACGGGGUAAGUGGUGCUAUCCAUAUAUAGGCCUGCCUAGACAUUCCCCGGACUGCCGAAAUCCACUAUGAGUCGUGGCUAAGUUCAGUGGGGAAGCGAGUCGGGUUAGUCCGGGCCGUCUACCAGGUUGCCUGCAUGUUAAAAGUGAGGAGGUGUAGGAGGGGUGCAGGAGUACCGAGUGUGAGGACGCACAACGUUCGAUACGCUCAUCUAGGUUUGCAUGCCAGUCGAGGCGAUUACCAGGUUGUGGCCGUUAGACGGUGCCUAGCUUCGGGGAGACAGUUAAGGAUCGUGCGGAACAGUCAGCAUUUGUGUGAUGCAACAUAUAACACCUACAUGAUUUACCCUCUAACUAGACAGCCACGGCGCCCCCGUUACCUACAUGACUGUCUGCUUACCAAGGUCAAGUUAAACACGACGACGUAGUUUAAGGACACUUUCCAGGCCAGAACCCAGAAGGCGCACACUUGGAACAAUGUGCGGUGGAGGCAGUCGGUGAAGAGGUGGAUUCCUGGAACUUGUUUGACCGCCCAAAAUUACCUUCCGUAUAGUCCCAUUAAUGUGUGGCAAACGGCGUGCUCUUGUAACAGACCCUUCCCAAGUUAUUUUGAUCUAGUCAUUUUUGCUCUGGCAGACGCUAAUCGAUAAAUCGUGCCAAUUUUCUCAACGCGAAAGCAGGAAGCACCAGAACACGCAUUUCUAAUUAAUUAAUUAAUAACUUUGAUUAGCUCAUUCCAUUGUGAUCACUCUCCUCCUCCCCAAAUAAUGGGAUUCGUGUGUUUGAAGGUACCAUUCCAAAUUAACUUCGAAUACAUUUUUACAGCUUCUUACUUUUUAUUCGCAUUUUAGUUGUUCGCUCUGGCCGAAAGUUUGGGUGGCUACGAGAGUCUGAUCGAAAUUCCGUAAGUCGGUAUGCUUUUACAGCGGUCCUUAUACGUGCUAUUGCAUUGAUUUGGUCAGCCUCUUUUGGCUAUCCUUGCACACUAAACGUUCAAACACCGUCUUCGAAAAGAUGCCAAAAGGUGGCCAACUAUUAUCUUGACGUCUAGAAGAAAAGUGCCAUCUCCUAUCUGGUUGGGAGUUUCGUGAAACUUUUCCAUCUGUUUUAACUGUCACCCUGACCGGUGAGGGUGCAUUAUGUGCUUGUUUCUGUUUUACAAGGCUAAUUCCUUAUAGACAGGUAGAAAAAGAGCGGGAGAGGAGGCGUCGCGGAGGGCGCGAGAGAAGGGGGGGGGUGUAGGAUUGUCAACUCUUCUUGUAGUCUGACCUAUCUGUGGAUCCAAUGUUGCAUGACUCUGGCGGCGUCGAACGGUUCCUGCAGCCGGGUCCCCCUUUGCGGAGACGAGUGCCCGCAGCUGCCCGUGUCUAGUUGAAGCAGCAUUACUGCUAAAAUAUCUCCCCAAUGGGAAACCAUUCAAACAUACCCUACGAGCUUAAUCUCAUUAGGCAUCUACCGAAACCCUUGAAAUAUAUUUAACAGGAAGGAUCACGCAGAUGGGGUCACGAUUUUGAUUAAAGUAGAGUUUACGUCUACCGAAGAUGCAGGAGUCCAAGCGAUGAAGCAGUUCGGUAUUAAAAAUUCAAAAUUUUGAACACUUUUCGAAGGUCGAAAGGUCGUAGUUUUCUUUCAAAAGACAUUACUGAUACUGCUUAUGUAGUACUAAGCCUGCUCUAUAUGGAUUUGGAUAUUUACUGAGGCUGAGGGUAAACAAGAUUUCUUUGCGAAAUUUUUGAAAUAAACGAAAACGGACUGAGCAUUCCGAGCCUUGUCCGUAGGUAUGCUGGCCACAAGCUUCUUGGCCUUUUAAAAGCAACUAAUGCGUUUCAGCAUUGGUAGCAGUUCGCUGUCCUUGUCGAUCCUCCAAAAGAGUUGAUUUCAAGAUAUCUGAAUGAGACUUUCAGUAGGUUUUUGCUGACUAUUUUCUGUUUUUUGAAAUUGGCAACUCUGGCGAAGCCACAGUACUACACUCGAACCGACAGGCAGUGAUCUAAGGUGCUAAGGUAGUGACCGCUCGAAUGAAGUGCAAUUUACCUCACUAUUUUGAAGUUGUUGGACAUGCCAGCCUACCUGAAGACCAAGGCAUCGUCUUCAGACUUCUCUGAAAGCAUUUAGAAUAAACUUCACUGGGUUCUCCUGCUUGAUUUUGAGGCUGCCAAGUUCAUAGCAGAGAAACGCAUUUAAGGCGACAAUUCCGGGCAUCCUAAUCGCGGGGACGAUGAUCCCAGACAGCAGAUUUGAACUUACCGAAAAGCAGGCUUUUACCGCAAAUUCGCGUUUAACUUCCCCUGCGCAGUUGCCCGCUCCGUGAGCUUGGGUGUUCAAGGCAGGCGAACCGAUUCAUAGAGGCGAGACGCCGACAAUUAACAGUGACCAUUCGUCUAGUAUAUUUUGUAGUUUUUCGCCGUCUACUGCACUACAAUCUGUAAGUAGCGUUUAUGAUCAACGCACAUUCACUGUGUUCUGAGGCGAAGAACUCUGUACUCCGUUACAUUUGUUCUUCAAGCAGGUUUUUCUAGCCCUCAGUCGUGGACAAAUAUAAGGGUCUUCAUCAUCUUCAUGAAAAUUUUCCUUACAGCCUGCACUAUCGAUUUCGCAUACUUCCCUGCGGCAAGCGUUCAUCGACUUUGCGGAGACUAUGAGUCUAAAAAGCUCUGCGUCUAGUUAGACAGUUUCCCUUGUGAUUCGGGCCGUUAGCUGUUUUGAAGGUACCUGGCCAUUAGCAGGGAUCUUUUUGACCAUCCGAAGUUCGUCAUUAUGGUCCCGACCGCCUUCCUGCUCAUGGUGUCGGGAGUCGCUGUGAGAUCAGUGCGAAUGUUGUAGAGGUCGGUUCUGACUUCUUAACAUUUGUCCGAUGGGUUCGAUUAUAUCCGUCGUUUCUUUUCGAAAUUCGAGCCUAGAAACUACUGGAGUAUUUAAACAAACGGAAAGCAUUCGGAAGUUUUUGGUAAGGUCCUCCUAUUCUUUCAAGCACGCGACGUAAGAUUAAUCACUUCUGGUUUGGAUGGCAUGCGUCAAUUGUUUCCAAGUGCUAACGCACCGAACAUCUUUGAUAAAAGCACACAUAUGGCUAGUGAAUGGACAUCCCUUUGUGGAACUGAGUAACAUGAAUAAGUUUCUCCCUGCAGUGUAUUGUUUCUUUUACGUGUGAUCUCUAUAUUCCGUUAUUAUCUUAUUGUCCGUAAAAGCUUAAAACAUUCGACAAAAUAUCGGGAGUUCUUGGUUUGCACCGGCAACAGCGCUUGGAUGCUACUGACCUGUCAACGCAAAAUACUGAUUAGCAAAAAGUAAAGUUCCUGGACAUUUAUGGUAAAUCUUGGACAUGCACUGUCGCUAUCUCACUUAGAACGUUACAUUUGUAUGUAAAAUACAAAGCAAAUCAAAUAUUGAGAUUGCGGCUUUUGCAGUGGAAUGGACAGAGCCGGGCAGUUAUUUGAGCUUUUUGUUUCCUCAGAUGUUAGCUGAUAAUUUAGACUAAAUCAGCCAGACAGGAGGUUUAAGAGCUGAGCCCGAAAGCUGAUAUAAACAUUAGAGCCGAAAUCUGUGGGCUCUAGGGGAAUAACAGCGCAGCAUUUCUAAAUUGUCAAUAGGAAGCCAGUAGCAUACAAAUGUUGCGCGAUUUGCCCUAGAGAUGGCACAGGUACUAGCUGAAGACCCAGGCACUUGCUUCGCUCUUAUUGCUGGAUAUAUUUCCUCCACUCGCAUACAUGACAGUACAAACACCAUGCAACCGUCCGUGGCGCUUGGGGAUGAAAAACUGUUUACGCCAAGGAUAAAAUCACGACGGGACUGAAAUAUGGUGGGAACAGAGUGGCUGCAUGGUCUUCAGUCUUGGUUGAAAGUUCUCGUUGCAACGUUAAAUGGAAUAGAAACAAACGUGGAACACAAUCAGCACGAAGUUUGUUUACAAAGGCGAUCACAGGAAGUGUGUUUGCCGACAGGUUUCCAAGCAAGUAAAGUCAAAAAUCUUUGAGUAUUAACUAGUACACAGCCCUCAUCAAAUGUGUUGUGGCAGUUUUGUGUGUACCGUACAUCUAUCCGGUCUGUACUUCCUAAUGGUUGUGAAUGCUGGACUGUGCGCGUGGAGGACGAGCGAGAACUGGAGUCAUUUACCACCACUGAUGGAGGACCAUCCUUUGAGUAAAGUACAUAAAUGCCGUCUCAAAUGAGACAGUCCGUGCUCGCUGCAACAACAUCGCAAGGAUAACCCAAGCCAUCCAAGCAAAUCGACUGAGGUGGUUUGGCACGUUCUUCGUCGUCCACCUCAGGAGCUCAGUGUUACCGCGCUCGAUCCGGUACCGUUACCCCAUUGGAGGCGUUGGAGAGGAGAUCAACCCAAUACCUGGCUCGACACAAUUCGUCAAGACAGGGAGGUGGUUCUUGAACCUUCGGUAUUCGGCCUUCGUUGUUGGCGAAGAGAAUGAGUUGAACAGUCCAGAUCUGCUACCGCAGAUCGUCACGCGUGGAGACGUACAGUUCAGGACAUCGUUGAGACCGACUAGAUCAGGCAUAAUCGCAGCCGUACCAAGUACAAGUUUUGUGCGUCCAUGAGAAGAUGUUGAAGCUGCCAUUUGAGUGAGCAUAAAAACUGAAAUCUGACCCACCCGGGACGUGCUAAGGCGAAGACACCAAAGAUUGAGAGAUGCGCUAGAUAGCUUAAUUAGUUCUCUAUGGCCGAACUUUCGGGCUCAUCCUGAAACCCAAAGCAGAGGUGACAUGAAUGUGAAUCGGAAAUAAAAGGCGGUCGAAAACCGCUCCAGCGGUUGAUCGCUCGUUUGUUUAAUAACAAUCCAAAUCAUUCUUUAGGAAUCAAAUCGCAGGGUUUAGGAUGAAAGAAUAAAAAAUAGCUGAAAUCAAGUGGAUAAGACCAGCGAGCGAAGCUUACUAGCAGGGCAAUUCUUUAGCUGCAAAAUCGGAAACUCUCUCAGCCAAAACUGAAAUCUGUUCAACGAUUUGUUGUCGGCAGCUUGUGAUUAAAAUUCGCAAAGCUUCGCAUGGCCGGCCGUUCAUGCCUCACAUUUCAAUCGAAUAAACUCACUGAGCCUUAAAGAGCGCAGCCAUCUAUCAAAAUAGGAAUCCAAUCAGAGACAUGAAGCCGUCAUUUAUUUUCCGGUAUUAAUUACACUAAUGCCAGCAGGGAGAUAUGCUUAUGCAAUUUGAUUUAUUACUUGAAUAAUCUAAGCCAGGCGUUUACUCAUGGGUUCCUUUUCUCCCUUCACAGGUCCCUGAUGACGCACGCAUCAGUUCCCCCCGAGAUGCGUGAAAAACUCAACAUCACAGACAGUAUGCUUCGGCUGUCUGUCGGCAUUGAGGACUGCCGGGACCUGGCGUGGGACCUAUAUCAGGCACUGGAAAAGAUCUGA